AGCCAUCAAAAUUGAAAGCACCCACUCAAUGUGAACCGUAUUGAUACGUCUGCUCCGGAACACGGAGCACACGGAGCUUUCAGCUUUCAGCAUUGGCACUUGGCACCCGCGCAGAUAUGGUAGUAAACUCCCAGCGAUAUAUGGCCAUACAUAUGCAAAUGAUAUGGGCCAGUUGGCGGGGUGGAUAUAGCAGUGGGUGGAGUAUGUAUAUGUGCUGGCAUUGGCCACCAAAUAAAGCUGGCUUUAGAGCCCUGCCAGGUAUUGGGUUACCCGACACUUGCACAUUUCUGCACCGACACCGCAGGCGAGAAGUUCUCGAGCUCCGGGAUGUUCGGCACGGCCAAGGAGCGAUCGAGCCAGGAGGUUUCUCAGCAGGAUUACCCAGUGACAGAGCGUCCAGUGCAGCAGCAGCGUGGUCAGUCCAGGUCCGAGUAUCCCCCGGCAGAACGUUCUAAUUAUGGUUUAGAUUCGGAGGCUGUAGAUCGCCAGAAGCAGCAGUUGAUCACUGAAACUAAGCAGCAGCUAAGAUCUCCGGCAAACACUGAUUACACCACUAGCAAUCCCACCUCAGAUGGUGCUUCCUAUGGUUCCGAUGCAGUGCCAACAGAUCGCUCCAAGCAGCAGCUGAGAUCCCAGCCAAAUCCGGAGUACCUGAAUGCAGCAGCUUCUUACGAGCAGCAGAGAUCCCAUCCGGUUGCAGAUUAUUAUGAAACCGCCAGGCAGCAACAGCAACAGCAACGGCCACAAGCAACCACAGUUGACUACACCACCGGCUAUAAUGCACCGCCCAAAGAUCGCACCCUCGCACGCAGCAAUUCCAAAGCCACCAUCUCACCCCAUCCCAUGCUCCAAAGCAAAUCCCCAACCGAGUAUGUGCGUCCGCCACCACAGAACUUUGUCUUGCCACCGCAGAUGCGUCCGGCGGUGGGGCCACCGCAGCCGCGUCCCCCGUUCGCGGGGGCCAGACCCAUGGUGGGGAUGGGACCACGUCCGCCCAUGCCACCGAAUAUGGCGGCCAGGCCGCCGCCAUUGCGAACCACAGACAGCAAGAGCAACCUGCUGAUGGGUCCGCCGAUGCGACCGGGAAUGCCGCCUCCGCUCAACAUGCAGCAGGCACGUCUGCCCAACGCCGGCGGACCACUAAGUCCGCCGGGACAGGGACCGCCGAGGCCACCGGGCGGAUUUCCCUGGAAUCCAGCCGGGGCACCGGGAAUGCCGCCGGGUGCACGACCUCCGCAAAAUAUGACGCGACCACCGCCCCCCACUUUCGCACGCCCGCCGCCGGGUCAACCGCUUCAGGCCCCCUUUCGACCGCCCUUCAACCAGCCGCCCAUGCAACCCCAACAACUGCAGCAGCAGCAGCAGCAACAGCAACAGCAGCAACACAUGCAACAGCCACCACCACAGCAGCAACAACUACGCCCACUCUCGGCAGCUGGUGUACACAACAACAACGAUGACGACGAUGACGUGGUGAUGGGUCCGGCGGUGACACCGCUGAAGACUUUCAACUCGCGGCCGGAUCCCAUGGGCGAGCCCCUUUUGGAGGACGUCGAGCCCCCCUUCGAGACGAGCCCCUCCGCCGGAGAAAUCAAAAAGGGGCACGGCUUCAAGGGUGACAACGACAGCGGCGUGGACGAGUCCACUCAGGAGAAGGAUCGCAACGGACCCAUCUCGCCCAGUUCACCGGUUAAGACGCCCACAUCGACCUCAUCGAAGCCGGACAAGUCGGGCACCUCCCGCCCACCGAGUGCCACGCCCUCGAACAAAUCAGCCCCCAAGUCGCGGAGCGCCUCCAAGAACAGAUUGCUUCUCAAGACCCCAGAACCCGAGCCAGCUAAGAAAGUUCCAAUGAACAAGGUACAAGUCGGACAUGCGCCUUCGCCCAACCUGAAGGCGGUGCGCUCCAAGAUUGGAUCCCUGGACAAUGCCACCUACAAGCCGGGUGGUGGCCACGUGAAGAUCGAGUCCAAGAAGAUUGACAUCAAGGCGGCACCGCGCAUCGAGGCCAAGAACGACAAGUACAUGCCAAAGGGCGGCGAGAAGAAGAUAGUUACAACAAAGUUGCAGUGGAAUGCAAAGUCGAAAAUCGGAUCGCUGGAUAAUGCCGCCCACAAGCCGGGAGGCGGGGACAAGAAGAUCGAGACCCUGAAGAUGGACUUCAAGGACAAGGCCAAGCCGAAGGUGGGCUCCACGGUGAACGUGAAACACCAGCCAGGUGGCGGUGACAUCAAGAUCCAAACGCAAAAACUAGAAAUUAAGGCACAAAGCAAAGUUGGCUCUUUGGAUAAUGUAAAGCACAAGCCCGGUGGCGGUGAGAAGAAGAUUUUCGAUGAUAAGGAUUAUUUGAAAAAUGUUGAACACUCUGUUGCACUGACAACACCACCAACACAGAGUCCACUACCAUCCAUGACGGCUUCUGGCGCUGAUGAAAAUUUAAAUCAACAAAGCUAAAUGCCCGAAUUGCAUGUCGAGCUGAAUCUUUCUUUGCAAAUUUAAGAUCGAAGUGAAUUACGAACACUGAACCAGCUAAUUUGAAACGUACUAUCUAAGCAAAAGCAACACAAAGCAGAACGAGAGUUAUGCGAUAUUUUCCACACACCCUCACAUACCAGUUAUCAAUUACCAAUUACCAGUUACCAAUUACCAGUUACCAGUAAUGAGAUCAAACCAAUUCGAUAGAGGUGCAAGCACGCAACGAGAUGCAGAUACUCGUACAUCUAUCUACACCACCACCCCACAUAGAAGCGGUAUUUGGUAUACAAAUCGAAAGUAUAUUUGACUAGUUGAGCAAUGCACUCUUUAUCAUCAGAUACAAGACAUAAAUUAUAUAUCUCAAUGUAUUACCAGAACUUCAUAUAUACAUACAAAUAUAUAUAUAUACAUAAAAGUAUCUAAAUAUUUAAGCAAAUUAUACAAGAAUCGUACGAAUAAACCGAGUGCUUAGUUGAAAAUGUUACACUUGACGUCUAAAUGUUAAACGACUAAGAUAAUGCGACCCAUUGAUUUGUAAACAGUUUAGAUACUUUUGCGACGAACAAAAAGUAUAGAUGAAAACCAAACAGAACCGAACCGAACAGAACAGAAAAAACCACGUAUAAGCAUAUUUUUACUAUUAAUUUGUAUCUUAUUAGUCAAGCGCAUCAUUCUCACGAUUUAUUUACACCCUGUUACAAAAUGUAAGAAAAAUGGCAAAAUUUAAGCAUAAUAAACAAACAAAAAAAAAGCGUUUUUUCAUUUACCAAAUCUCGGCGUUGUUGCACUUAGUUAUUGAAUUUCAACAGCCACAUAUUGUAUCGGUUUGAGAUAGACAAAAACCAUUUUUUUGGAGAUACCUAAGUAUCUUAUUUGGCAAGCCACGCCCACCGCCGCAAGCGUUCCAACAAAGCCACGCACGAGCACACAUCCUCUUCUACCUCAUUGGAUGCAUUGGUAAUCGAAACAAAUAAAUUUGAUCAAGCAAAUUGUAAGUCUCCAUUCUCGAUUGAGCUACGACAACUUUUUUGCAUCUCUCCUACUCGGGAAUAAAGAUCGCAUUUCCUUUCUAAAAACUCUCUUUCGAAUCCCCGCAGUAUUGGAAGGCGCCGCGCAUUCAACGC